AUGGGUCAGGAUAUAGGUGUCUCAGGCCAGCUCGGCGGCUCAUUGCCAGCCACUGGUGGCAAGGCGAAGAUCCUAGAGAAGCACCCCGACGAUAUUGUCGUGACAGCAUGCCUCCGCACAGCACUGACGAGGGGCGGCAAGGGCGGGUUCAAAGACACCCACGCCUCCGACCUCAUGGCCGGCGCUCUGAAGGCGGUCAUCGACCGCUCCAAGAUCGACCCCAGCCUAGUUGAGGACAUCUGCGUGGGCACCGUCCUCGCCCCCGGCGGCGGCGCGACGGAGAUGCGGGCGGCCAGCUUGGUUGCCGGGUUCCCGGAGUCGACCGCUGUGCGGACCCUCAACAGGCAGUGUUCGUCGGGCCUGCAGGCCUGUGUCGACGUGGCGAACCAGAUCAAGGCGGGGAUGAUCGAGGUCGGCAUCGGCGCCGGCGUUGAGAGCAUGUCGCAGCAAUACGGUCCCGCCGCCGUAUCCGAGUUCUCCGAGCUCCUCGAGUCGCACCCCGAGGCCGCCAACUGCAAGGUGCCCAUGGGCGUGCUGUCCGAGCAGAUGGCCAAGGACCGCAACAUCAGCAGACAAUCACAAGACGCCUUCGCGGCGGCGUCGUACCAGAAGGCGGGGAAGGCCCAGGCGGAGGGGCUCUUCAAUGAGGAGAUCGCGCCGCUGAAGGUCAAGUUCGAGGACCCUAAGUCGGGCGAGACGCGCGAGAUCGUCGUCGACAAGGACGACGGCGUGCGGCCCGGUGUGACGGCCGAGUCACUCGGCAAGAUCAAGGCCAGCUUCGCCAAGGACGGCAGCAUCCACGCCGGCAACGCCAGCCAGAUCAGCGACGGUGCCGCCGCCGUGCUGCUGAUGAAGCGGUCCACGGCCGAGCGCCUCGGCCAGCAGAUCCUGGGCAAGUUCGUCGCCGCCAGCAUCGCCGGCGUGCCGCCGCUGCUCAUGGGUAUCGGCCCCUGGAAGGCCAUCCCCAAGGUCUUCGAGCUGACGGGCAUCACCAAGGACGACGUCGACAUCUUCGAGAUCAACGAAGCCUUUGCCAGCCAGUGCCUGUGGUGCGCCAACGAGCUGGGCAUCCCCGCCGAGAAGAUCAACCCCAAGGGCGGCGCCAUCGCCUUCGGCCACCCCCUCGGCUGCACCGGCGCGAGGCAGGUCUCGACGCUGCUGUAUGAGUUGAGGAGGAGGGGUCAGAAGGUCGGCGUCACGUCCAUGUGCAUUGGCACCGGCAUGGGUAUGGCGGCUGUCUGGGUGGCUGAGUAA